UAUUAACUUUACAUCAAGCGUUUGCAUGUGAAUAUGAACUUUGAAGCAUUGAAUGUGAGCUUGCAAUAUCACCCAAAAAUAAGUAGAAAAAGGGCCAAAAAGAAACAAAAAGCAACCAAGAAAAUGACUAUUAAUUGGGCACACAUUAAUUUAAACCAUUCAUUACCUUUAGGUUGUAAAAUCAUCCAUCUUAAUAAGCCACUGUCACAUACAAUUUGCAACACCUUUAAACAUUCCACCUUCAACCAAGAAAAUCUUGAUUCCUUUAGUUCUCAAACAUGAUGCUUAGAAGCUCUUCCACCCCUAUUCUUGGCUCCCUUUUGUCGUCGCAUUCGGAUUCACCGAACCAUUCGGAGUUUAGCUCCCCGAAACACCUCACUAAAAAGUAUACCUUCCACCAAACACAAGCAAGUCCUUUGAAUCUCAUCACUCCAUCAUUCUUCAACUCCUCUCCUUCCAUUGACGCGGAGUUCUUUUCUGAUGGCGGUCUUAGCUCGCGAGUUAAGGGAUUCCGAAGAGUACAAUCAGAUGGGAACUUGGAAGGGUUAGCCUCAGAUUCAAGCAACAAUUUUGAUGAAUUCAACCUUUCUUUCCCAACCAAGAAAUAUCCAAGGAAACCCAACUGCUCGGUUUUGCAAUCUAUUCCUUCAUUUUCGGUAUAUAAUCCCAAUAUGCAGGGCGGAAAUGAUGAGGAGGUAGACGAAGAGGAAGAAGAAGAAAGUGGGGAAGAAUAUGAUAAUGAUACAAGUUUAGAUAAAAGUAUGGCAUUCAUGAACAAUAUGGAGUUAAAAGAAAGGUACCUUCAAGCUCAAGAGGAAACCGAAAAUGUUCCUUCGAAAAUGCAUCUUGCAAAGGGACUUGGCGCGAGUACUUGUGGAUAUAAUGGUGGAGGAAGUGGCGGAUAUAAGCAAUAUAACCCAAUAGGUUUCGGGGAUGAUGGCAGCGAAAAAGCUGGCAUGGCUGAGUACUACAAUAAGAUGGUGCAAGACAAUCCUGGAAAUCCAUUGCUCUUAAGAAACUAUGCUGAGUUUCUUCAUAAGUCGAAGGACCUUGGUGGAGCCGAAGAGUAUUAUUCGAGAGCAAUACUCAUGGAUCCCCGGGAUGGUGAGAUUCUUUCACAAUACGCGAAGUUGACUUGGGAGCUCCAUCGAGAUGAAGAACGAUCUUUGAGCUACUUUCAAAGAGCUGUUCAGGCUUCACCGGAUAACAGUCACGUGCUUGCAGCAUAUGCAAGCUUUCUCUGGGAAACAGAGGAAGAAAAAGAUGACAAUCCGUGCACGAUGCCACCGAUUAUCCAUCAGAGCAUCGCUGCUGCAGCUGCAAGUAUAUAGUUUUCCAAAUCCUUCAGAGUUCAGAUUCAAGAAACAUGAUGUGAAAAUUAUGUUUAAAAAUUUAACAUAUUUUUAAAUUUAUCAUAA